GAGUUCAGCACCGCGGACAGCACCGUCGACGAGGUCCACCGUUCUGUCACGAGCGAUAUUACAUGCUUAUUGUGAUCGGGGAGAUCGCGACAGAACACCAGCUGCAGUCUGCCAGAGACCACAUUGAACAGGGUAUUCGCUCCUGGGACAUCAGCCUCAGUUCCUGUGACCUCCCCCAGGAGCUGCAGCUCUUUGUGACACGCCACUCUGCCCAUUUUUCCGAAGAGGUCAGAGGACAGAGAACUUUGCACCACUGCAGUGAUGUCCUGGAGACUGUGGUCUUAGUCAACCCCUCAGAGGACGCUGUCACAUCUGAGGUCUGGGACUUGAUUUACGACUCGGCAGCGCAUAAGUUACUGGUCCUCAGUGGUCAAAGUGGUGACCAGGGCAGUGACCUCCUCUUGCAAAGUGGGGCAUUCUCCUUUAAAAACGUCUCAGAAAUCUUCGCUGAUCCUGGGGUUGGUGAUUUGCUUGCCAGAGCAGCCCCUGAGCACCGGGCAACACUUACAGUGUCCUGCCGUGGUGAGGGCUGCUGGAACUUCCUGGGCAGACAGCAGCACUUUCAGGACUUAUUCAAAUACAGGCUGAAUCCUGAGCCUGCACUACCCAAGAUGGAUGGGGUCACAGACUUCACUGAGUACCUAUCUGAGACAGUGGAUGUGCCCUCGCCCUUUGACCUCCUGGAGCCACCCACCUCUGGGGGCUUUCUGAAGCUGUCCAAACCAUGCUGUUACAUCUUCCCUGGGGGAAGGGGGGACUCCGCCCUCUUUGCAGUAAAUGGUUUCAACAUAUUGGUGGAUGGAGGCUCAGAACGCAGGUCGUGUUUCUGGAAGCUGGUCAGACACCUGGACCGAAUCGACUCAAUUCUUCUUACCCACAUUGGGGCAGAUAACCUCCCUGGAAUCAAUGGGCUCCUCCAGAGGAAGAUGGCUGAACAGGAUGAGGAACGGUCGCAGGGCUCCACCACCUACAGUGACUGGAUGAAGAACCUGAUCUCCCCAGAGCUGGGUGUUGUGUUUUUCAAUGUUCCUGAGAAACUGCGGACACCCGAAUCAACUCUAAAGACUAAGCGCAGCAUUGAGGAGGCUUCUCUUACUCUGCAGUACCUGAGCAAAUUAGGAAUCAAGCCCGAACCACUAUUCAGGGCGGUCAGCAACACUGUGGAGCCAAUAACCUUGUUCCACAAGAUGGGCGUGGGCCGGCUAGACAUGUAUGUUCUCAACCCAGUGAAGGACAGUAAAGAGAUGCAGUUCCUUAUGCAAAAGUGGGCAGGAAACAGUAAGGCUAAAACUGGAAUUGUGCUGCCUAAUGGAAAAGAAGGGGAGAUCUCUGUUCCUUACCUGACAUCUGUAACAGCUCUAGUGGUCUGGCUCCCUGCCAACCCCUCAGAGAAGAUCAUUAGAGUGCUGUUUCCUGGAAAUGCACCACAGAACAAAAUCUUGGAAGGACUGGAAAAGCUGAAGCACCUUGACUUUCUGCGUUACCCAGUCGCCACUCAGAAAGAUAUAUCCUCUGGGGCCCCUCCUACCCUUGUAAAACAGACAAAAAUGAAGCAAAGGGCUGACAGCAAAGAAAGCCUUAAAUCUUCCCCCAGGAUACAUGUAGCCACAAAAUCUGCAAAGAAAGAGGGAGAUGGGUCUGAUGAAAUGUUAGUCACAGAGUCAAAGAGUGAUUCUGUAAAGGAUCACAAAAUUGCGAAAAAAGAGAAGAAACUGAAAGAAACUGACAAAACUACCAAGCCAGUGAGAGCAAAAACAGAAUCAUCUGAGACAGUAAAACAAGAGAAAAAGAAGCUAUCUAAGGAGAAGUCUAUGAAAAAACAAACAAAGGAAAGGGUGUCCAAGAUGGAUGAGAAGAAGGACAAAGAGAAGAAAGAGAUUAAGAAGGAAAGACGUGAAGUAAAGAAAGAUGAUUCAGCUAAAAAAGAUGAUAAAAAAGAGAGCAAGAUGAAGGGAGACAAAAAGAGGGAUACAACUAAGCCAGAAUUGAGGAAAAUCACAAAGCCCGACCUAAAGCCCUUCACUCCAGAAGUUCGAAAGACCCUGCACAAAGCUAAAGCUCAUGCAAAAACUGACAAAACCAAAGCUAAAACAGUCAAGGAACAAACAACGGAAUUGGAGCCUACUACAGCACCAGCUACUGAAGAGAUUCAACCAGUGAUUGAACCAGAGACUCGACCAGAGACUCAACCACAAGCUCAACCACAAGCUCAACCAGAGAUUCAGCUAGAGAUCGAACCAGAAAGUCAACAAGAGAUCCAAUUAGAGACCCUGCCAGAGAUCGAACCAGAGACUCUGCCAGAGAUCGAACCAGAGACUCUGCCAGAAUUCCAACCAGAGACUCUGCCAGAAUUCCAACCAGAGACUCAGCCAGAGAGCCAAAUAGAGACUCAGCCAGCAAGCCAACUCGAGACCCAACAAGAGAUCCAAACAAAGACUCAGCCAGAAGACCAACCAGACAUACAACCAGAGACUCAACAGGAGACACUGUCAGAGAUCCAGCCAGAGAUCCAGUUGAAAACAGAAGAGCCUGUGAUAUUGGAGGACAGUUCUAUCAUUUCUUCCCCAGAAGAUCUCACAAAGGAUUUUGAGCUACUGAAACAGGAUGAGCUAUCCAAGCUGGAAACAGUGCCAGUAGAAGAUACAUUAAUAUCAUCAGAGCCUUGUGCAGGUGUGACUGUCCCACCCUUGAAACCUCUUGAUGACAUAAUAACAGCCACAGAUACUGAAACUGAAUCUCUUGAUCUCGGUAAGCAACUCCCUAGAGAACUGGAGGCACAACCAUUGGCUAAAGAGGAAGAGUCAUUUGAAGAUGAAGGUGCAGCCAUGGAGGAUGAUGAAGUGGAAGAGGAGAGAGAACACAUUAAGAUGAAAACAGUAGAGGAAGAAGGGGAUAUGGGUCUGGGGGAUGAGGAAGAAGAAGAAGGAAAAUGGAAGGAUGAUAAAGAUAAUGAAGGAGUGGAAAGAAAGCAUGAGGAAGAGGAGAUGGAGAAAAAUGAAAAAUAUACAAGAAUGGGUGAAACAAAGGAGGAUCCUAAUAAGAUGAAGGGUGAAGACAAAGAAGUCGAUGUCAUUGAGAAAGCAGAAUUAGAGGAGGCUGAAGACUUAAAUGCAGCUGGUGGCCAUGAGCUUAAGGCGGAAAUCAAAGAAGACAAAAUAGAAAGCAUAGACAAAAAGGAGUGGGAUGAUAAACAAAUGGGAGAGGAUUUAUCUGCAAAAGAAGAUGAUGAUGAUGCUGGAUAUCUGUCCAAUGUGGGAGCCACCACUGCUGCUAUUAUGUCAACUGCACAAGGAGCCACUGCAGCAGAGCAUGUCUCCUUCAUUCAGGAUGAGACUAUCCCUGGAUAUUCUGAAACUGAACAGACAAUCUCAGAUGAGGAGAUUCAUGAGGAAUCAGAAGACAGGAUGCCACACCUCUGUUAUGAAGUUGGGACCUAUGAUAUUUCUGUUCCGGAUGAAACUGGGUCCUUCCAUGCCAUCCAUGGCGUAGGCGAAGUGACAGCACCUGUCACUGAUACAUUAGACAUAGCAGCAAAAGGAUUCAUGGACGGACAAGACCCUGUAUUAGCUGUAUACUCUGCAAAUGUCAUUGCAGCACCCCUGGCAGAAGAGGAGCACAUCUCCUCAGCUACAUCCAUCACUGAAUGUGAUAAACUCUCAUCCUUUGCCACCUCUGUUGCUGAAGAUCAAUCCAUAGCCUCUGUGACAGCACCCCAAAUGGAGGAAACUGGAAGAGGUUCUUUGUUUCUGGAGUCAGGAAACAGCAUACCAUCAUCUGUUCAGACUGAGGCCACCCAAGGGAGAGAAUAUCUGCAUUCUGCUGGAACUAUCUCACCUACAUCCUCCUUGGAGGAGGACAGAUGUUUCAAGUCACCUCCUUCUGAGGAGCUCCAGCCUGUCACGGCAGAAGUCGAUACAGGAGAUAAGCCAGUUCAGGUCCAAGUGGAAGAAGAAGAUGAAGAAGAAGAUGAAGAUCAGACUCCCAAUGUUGAUAUGUCUCUUAGUAAGCUCCAGGAAGGCUAUGCAUUGCAAUCAAUGCUCCAUGACAGAGAUUCUGAAAUUCACCCUUCAUCCAUGUCACCCUCCACUUCACUAUCACCUGCAGAUACUCCUCACCCACUUGAAGCGGGUAUAACACAGUUGGAAGCAGAUCUAAAACCUCCCUCUCCCCCGCUCUAUUUCUCCAGCAUGCUGGAGUCCAGUGCUUUCUUAGAGGGGGAGGAGCGAUGCCUGAGUCCAGAUGACAGCACUGUGAAAAUGGCCUCCCCUACACAGUCUGGACCUCCCAGCCCUGGCCAUACCCCCUCUCGUCAGUCACCCAUAGAGAAGGUUGAUGAGUUCCCAGGACUGGAAGAUAAAAGUGAUGAGAAGGAAUCUCAUAAACUUGAGCAUUUUGAACCUGCCGAGGUGGAAAAACUGCAAGAUUUGGAAAAAGAUGUAACUGAUGCUGCUUUUUCAUUAGAGGAAAUUAAAGAGGGGCUCUGCCUAACCACAACAGAGCUUUCAGUGAAAAAGGAAACCGAACCAGUUAUCUCAGUGGGUGAAUCCCCCAGAGGUGAAUCCAAACAAGAGAUGUCACCCACAGAAAAAGAUAAAAAAGAUUUUCCCACAAAAGAUAUUUCUGAGGAAAUAGUUGUUCCUGAAGAAAGUAACAAAGUGGAGAAAGAAGAUGACAAGGGGAAUGAUGUACAAGUACAACUCACAGAGGAAAAGCAGAUCACAUUUCCAGAUGUGAAGAUUUGUGGGGCUAAAUCUUCAGAGGAAGAGAAGAUGACAGAGGAAGAGAAAAAACAACAGGAGAAAUCUUUGGAGGAUUCCUACCUGCAAACCUCACAGGUUGCAUCAAAUUUAGGAGCAUUGAACAAGCAUCCACAGUGUCCCCUGCCACAUAUUCAGAAGAGGACUUACAAACACCACCACCCAUUGCCAAAGAAGAGUCCCAGAGAUGAUGAUAUUCACUACUCCAAAGAGGCAGCUGGGCAGCUGGCAAAAGAGGAGAAGCCAGAGAAGGAAGCAAAGCGUGAAAUGGAGCGAGAACAACAUGAAGUCCGUGAGAAAGGUCAGGAGGAGGAGAGUGAGAGGGAGGACAGACAAGACACUCCUUUUGUGGAUGGAAAAACCUUCAUGUACACCGAAAUUGGAAAAGAGGGAGCAUUGGUGAUGGGUGAUAUGAGGUUAAUGAUGGAGGACGAGGAUGAUGAGGAUGAAGAUGAGGAAGAUUUGGAGGAGGAAGAGGAGGAGCGCAUGGUAGCAGGUGACUCAGAUUUGGAGAAAGGUGCCAAAGAAAAAUCCGAAAAAGAAUUUGUAUGUGCUUUUGGUGAUGCCACCAGUUCAAAAUAUCCUGAGAAGAAAGGGACAGAAAUGGAGACAGACAUCUCCAGUGUACCUACAUACACAUCUGCACUGUCUCAACCUAGCCACAGCAGCCAACAGCCUGAGGCUGAGAAUGAAGCUGAGGCUGAGGGAAAUUCCCAUUUUAUCAAGGGCUACACUGAAAUGGGAGUAACAAGAUCUGAAGAAGGCCCUUCCGAACCUGGGUAUUCCUAUGGUGAGGACAGCAGAGACAAUAAUGUCAGCAGCCAGAUGGACAGCAAAGAGAAUAAAGACCCUGAUUGUUCAGAAUCUGCUCUGCCAGCUAAGCUAAGUGAAGACACUCACCACCACAGGGAGACAGAACUAAAGCUGGAAGACACCGCAGACAUCCUAAGCAAAGAAGCUGAGGAUUCCACUUCCUAUGGUUUAGACUACGCAACCACUCAGGCCACUGCACAUUCCUCUUUCUCAUCCACCUCUGCCUCCCUCUCAGGCAAUCGUCUGCUUGAAGAGGAGCAAGAGAUGCAUGCUGUGGCAUCUGACACAACCUCCAAGCCUGAUCGCGAUAGUACAUGCUUUGAAGAUUCCUCUUUUAAAGAGGAGCACUCCUUUGUCAUGGGUUCUCCUUUUUCAUGUUCUGGGGGUCUGGUUAAAGACGAGUACCUGGAAGUCUCUGAAAAGCUGACCAUAACAACAACAACCACAGAGUCAACAUCCAGCCUCACCAAAUUCACUCCACCCAGAACAUGUGAAGGGAUUAAGCCCUUCUCAUCAGUGGAGGAUGAGACAAAACAGGAUAUUGCAUCUGAGCAGAAUAAAAAAGAGGAUUUGUCAUAUGAGCUGGAUAAGACAGACCAGCCUUUCCCAUCUGAAAAGGAUAAGGAGGGUCAGCUGUUUCUAUCAGAGAAGGCCAUAAGAGAACCAGAUUUUGCCCCUGAACUUGAUAAAGAAGAGCAUUAUUCACAGUCUGAGCAGUCCUUCCCAUUGGAUGUGAAUAAGGCUGAGCUGCCAUUCUCAUCUGAGCAGCAAAAGAAAGACCAACCUUUCCCAUCUGGAGAGACCAAGAGAGAGCAGCCCUUACCAUCAGGGCAGGCUACAGAAGAGCAGCCCUGCCAAUCUGAAGAGGAUACAAAAUUGCAGCCCUGCCUAUCUGAACAAAAAAAGGAUCAGCCUUCCCCACCUGAUGUGGCUAAGGAAGAGCAGCCCUGCCUAUCUGAACAAAAAAAAGAUCAGCCUUCCCCACCUGAUGUGGCUAAAGAAGAGCAGCCCUGCCUAUCUGAACAAAAAAAGGAUCAGCCUUCCCCACCUGAUGUGGCUAAAGAAGAGCAGCCCUGCCUAUCUGAACAUAAAAAAGAUCAGCCUUCCCCACCUGAUGUGGCUAAGGAAGAGCAGCCCUGUGUAUCUGAACAUAAAAAAGAUCAGCCUUCCCCACCUGAUGUGGCUAAAGAAGAGCAGCCCUGCCUAUCUGAACAUAAAAAAGAUCAGCCUUCCCAACCUGAUGUGGCUAAGGAAGAGCAGCCCUGCCUAUCUGAACAUAAAAAAGAUCAGCCUUCCCCACCUGAUGUGGCUAAGGAAGAGCAGCUCUGCCUAUCUGAACAUAAAAAAGAUCAGCCUUCCCCACCUGAUGUGGCUAAGGAAGAGCAGCCCUGCCUAUCUGAACAUAAAAAAGAUCAGCCUUCCCCACCUGGUGUGGCUAAGGAAGAGCAGCCCAGCCUAUCUGAACAUAAAAAAGAUCAGCCUUCCCCACCUGAUGUGGCUAAGGAAGAGCAGCCCUGCCUAUCUGAACAUAAAAAAGAUCAGCCUUCCCCACCUGAUGUGGCUAAGGAAGAGCAGCCCAGCCUAUCUGAACAUAAAAAAGAUCAGCCUUCCCCACCUGAUGUGGCUAAGGAAGAGCAGCCCUGCCUAUCUGAACAUAAAAAAGAUCAGCCUUCCCCACCUGGUGUGGCUAAGGAAGAGCAGCCCUGCCUAUCUGAACAUAAAAAAGAUCAGCCUUCCCCACCUGAUGUGGCUAAGGAAGAGCAGCCCAGCCUAUCUGAACAUAAAAAAGAUCAGUCUUCCCCACCUGAUGUGGCUAAGGAAGAGCAGCCCUGCCUGUCUGAACAUAAAAAAGAUCAGCCUUCCCCACCUGGUGUGGCUAAAGAAGAGCAGCCCUGCCUAUCUGAACAUAAAAAAGAUCAGCCUUCCCCACCUGAUGUGGCUAAGGAAGAGCAGCCCAGCCUAUCUGAACAUAAAAAAGAUCAGUCUUCCCCACCUGAUGUGGCUAAGGAAGAGCAGCCCAGCCUAUCUGAACAUAAGAAAGACCACUCUUCCCCAGCUGAAGUGGCAAAGGAAGAGCAGCCCUUCCUGUCUGAACAGGUGACUAAAGACCAGGGUGUCCCAUCUGAAGAUCAGAAAGAGCAUGUCUCAUUAGAGCAGGAUAAGAAAGAGCAGACCUGCCCAUCUGAAAUUCCUUUAGCAUCUGAAGAGGCAAAAAAAGAACAGGUUACAAAAGAACAGCCCUUCCCAUCAGAAGAGGUUAGGAAAGAGCAACCUUUCCCCACUGAGCAAGCUAAGAAAGAGCAGCCUUGCCCAUCUGAACAAGAUAAGACAGAGAAGCCCUGUGCUUCAAAGGAUACGAAAGAGGUUUCCAGUGAGAUGUGCAUGGCAGAACAGCUUCUUUAUUCUGAUCAAUGCUCUUCUAAGAUUGCUGUGGCUGAAGCAUCAAAGAUGCCCACAGAUCCUGGAUCAGCUGCACCUUCUUCACCACAGUUAAAAUCUGUCCAGGAAGAGUCCCGCAGUCUGUUUGAUGUCUCUCCAUUACAGCGAGUAGAAUCCUCAGAUAAAGACUUUGAACAAGAGAAUAAAGUUAGUGAUGAAGAGCCUGAGAUGUGUGGUAUGGAACAAAGCACUUUACCAUGUCGAAUUGAAUGCCAAAGAUCUCCCACAGUCCCUAUAGAGCCAAAGGAAGGAGCUCAGUGCAGCUUACUGAUGCAGGUGGGGAGUGGGACUGUCCCUGAUGUGCCUACAUCAUCCUCUUCCCUGCAUGCCAUGGACACAUCAUCAGUUGACACAUCUAAGCAAUCCUGCAUAAUCAUACCAGGGGCCAUCUGUGGAGAGACGCCCAGCAUCACAGAGGCAGCAGGAGAUAAAAACAUUGAAUAUGAGGAGGGAGAGGAAGAAUAUGAGGAAGAGCAGGACAUGGAGCAGAUACAAGAGAAGGAAAGAGGGAUGGAGCAGCCCAGAAAGUUGAGUAGUACAUGUGAGAUGCUGAAAGGCUUGUAUCCAGGUGAUUCACCUCCACUUUAUAGAGAGGAAGAUGAUGACCAGGAAGAGGAAGAGCGAGAGCCAGAACACCCUGCCCGACCCCUCUCACUGAUGUCAUCUGGUGAGCCCUUCCAGCCUUCCAUCUCCAUCCCAAAAACAUCCCAAAGUACAGGAUGUGACCCUGAGCAUCCAGGUGUCUGCACAGAGGCCACUUCCUCUCAUACAUCUGCCGGCGUCUCAUCCGGUGAAUACAAGCACCGCAAAGGAGAGAUCUCCCCAUCGUUCAUUAACCCCAGCCCACAUCAGAUAUCCAGUGCCGAGGAGGAAGGCCGGGACAGCGACCGGUCCGACGAGGGUGAGGAACAUCAACAGCAGUCUUCAGUGAAGAGGAGAUCCCACAGACACGAGCACCACCACCAUGCCCAUGGCCACCAGGGGGAGGGCACCAGUGCCAUAGCUACUAGGGUGAUGCUGGCCGGGGAGGAGACUCCACCAACCUCUUUGAGCGAAUCUCUGGCAUCGCAGUCUGACUCCGAUGUGCCGCCUGAGACAGAGGAGUGUCCGUCCAUUACUGCAGAAGGCAACCUGGACUCUGAUGAGGAUACUGAGCAUUUGCCAGUUGACAAAUCAGCUGGGGCCACUGGCGGAGGUAACCACCACUCAUUGCCAAAGCCAUUGGAAAAGAGUCAGGACCCCCUGCCUGCACCUAUGGUGGACCCCUUUCCACGUCCCCCUCACCCUGAUGUUUGCAUGGUUGACCCAGAGGUUCUGUCCAGUGACCAGAACCACACAGACAGACCAUUCAAGAAAGAUAUGAAGGUUAACAAAGGCCUGCGGAAGUCACUGGGGAAACCAAAGUCAGCUUCUCCAGUCCGUAAAAAUGAGUCCAGGGCAAAAAGAUCCAGUACCCCGGUCAAACAAGCCUCUAAAGAUUCCUCACCUCGAGCGUCCUCUCUGAGGAGGAAGGAGGCAGAGAAGACCUCCAGAACCUCAAGAAUGUCCGACGGUCAAGGGGAAGAGAACCCUGGUCGAGGUCUGGUCAAUGGGAUCAAAAGCAGCACAGGUUCCAACUCCCAGAAGUUUAGUUCAACUGCGUCCUCUGGAUCACCUAUAUAUGUGGACCUGGCCUACAUCCCCAACCACUGCAGCGGCAAGAAUGUAGACCAGGAGUUCUUCAAGAGAGUACGUGCCACGUACUACGUGGCCAGUGGGAAUGAUGUGACCAGCGGGGAGCCAAGCCGUGGGGUUCUAGACGCACUGCUGGAGGGCAAAGCCCAGUGGGGCUCCAAUCUCCAGGUGACACUAAUCCCGACCCAUGACACAGAGGUGAUGCGGGACUGGUACCAGCAGACCCAUGAGAAACAGCAGGAGCUCAACAUCAUGGUCCUGGCCAGCAGCAGCACUGUCGUCAUGCAGGAUGAGUCUUUCCCAGCCUGCAAAAUCGAGUUCUAAAGGCCCGGAUGGGCUGAGAGUCCUGUAGCUGCCUGCUUCUGCCACUCUCCGUUUCUCCAUCCACCCCCUCUGUCUUUGUGUCUGUCUGUCUGUGGGAUGAGGGUGAGAGCUGUUGCAGUCAUCUCUUUAGUGAUGCCCACACUUUUCUCUAAAAGUUCUAUAUUUCUUACCAGCCUCCUUAAAGUGUGCUGCGCUCCUGUGUUUGGUCUCAAUCGCUGGCCUUGUGUUGCGAAACAUAUGCAAAUGUCACACUGCAGCGCAUGGAGUACACGCAAGCUCCUGUGAAAAUGUGUGUUUACCAGAGAGAAAGAUUGUGUGAAGAGUAUGUCUGUCUGAGGAAGCAGGCUGUCAGAGGAGUAAGUGUUUAUGCACUUUAAACUUUGCAAACCCUUUGAGGUAAUUGAUGCCUUUUUACCAAUGGAAUAAUGAUAUGAAUACCUCUUUUUAAAUUAGUCUCAGUCAAAGCACAACUGUACCCUGUCUAAUAUUUUAGCAUACAGUCAACAGCAGCAUAGGUGAUCCUUUCCCUUCCCCAGUGGGUGAAUUUAAAAGAAUCCAAAAUUAUGAGGGUAAGGGUGCACUAUCCCCAUUAUCCACAAUAUUGGGGUUAGAGUGCACUCUCCCACUUACAGUAAGGGCACACUAUCCCACUUACCCUACAGAUUGGGCAAGGGUACACUACACACUUACGCUAGGGACUGAAUCUUUGAAUGCCUUUGAGUUCAUGUCCAAAAGUAGAGUGCCAUCUGUAUACCUGUCUCAUGUGUGGACCACAACGCCAGGUGUACCUGUGCCCAAUGCUGCAGGUGUAACUCUAAACACGGAUUAUAGGAGCAACUUAAUUUACCUAACCUACAGAAACACUCUAUUACAAAUAAGGGGAUGCCUGUUUGGCUGCUGUUUGAAGGGUCAUUAUAUUAAGUGCUGAAAUAAAUAUGUGGUACAACAGUAAAGAACCUUCUCAAAUUCUCACUCUGUGGACACAACUUUUCAGAAAUGCAUGAUAUUUCUGUCUUAGUGCAAAAUAAUGCAAAAUAUUGAGCAGUCCGGCUCCUCCUGACUGUAGUAUUGUACGCACAGUUUGCUUGUAUACAGAUAGGACUUCCCUCUGUGGAGGGAUUAUUUUCCUAAAGGGAGAUUUUCUCUCAGAAUGUGUUUCAUGGGUUCAGCUCAUGUGAUAUGAAGUGCACUAUAAUGAAAUCUGUGGUUUAUUAAUGUAUUGAAUUUUCCUCUGUGUCAUAUAUGACAUGAAUCUUAAGGCGUGUAAUCGGAGUGUAUGUUUGAAGAAAGAAGAUUUUUGUUUAAUGAAGGGUUCGGUUUGCAAACACUUGCAGCUGUUUACCCUUGCUGAGUGUGUGGUCUGGUCAGGUGGAGCAUCCAGCCAUCACUUGCUCUGUGCUGUUUUAUUGGAGCCGGAUGUUUCUGUGGAGCUGAGCUCUAAGUCUUCAGGCAGCAGAACCCGCAGGCCGUGUCUGAUCCAUGUGCUCCAAAUGUGGAGAAACAGUAUUUACACAUUUUUGCUAACUAUGCCACAGCAUGCUGUUACAGCAUUGUGAUCAUUCUGUCCCAACAUAUUUUAAUUACACUUGGUGAGUAUAUAAAUUAACAAAUAUAAUAUAAAGACUGUGCAUUAGACAUAUAAUAAUUGCUAUUGCAAAGUAAUAAUUUAAAGGGUGCCUUUGGGGCAUUUUGUUGAAUAUAGUUGGUCAGCCAUUGGUUCAUGUAAUAUUUAGCAUUCUUGUUCCGUCUUCGUCAUGUUUUCUUUUUUGCAAACAGCAGAAUUUAAGAAGUAAAUUUGCACUGGUAUUUGAGCACGUUAAUGUGAGACCUCUAGGGUAUUGCACUGUAGAUAAACGCAGCUGCCUACUUUCUUGUAUAUUGUGUGUAUUAUGGGAUUAGACAACAUUUUUACACAUAAAAUAUAUUGCGAAUCAAUAAAAAAAAAUGAGCAUCUUAUAUAUUUUAAAUGUAAUUGUCCUUGUGGCAGACUACUGGAAUGUUUGUAUGGGAUUUUCUGUAUUAUGAAUACAGUAUUUUUUGCUAUCAUUCUUUAGUUUAUUUUGGGAGAAGUAUUCAUGAGGGACGUAAUAUUGCAGAAACUUGAUCUAAAGAUGUUCCACAGGUGUACUAAGAGAGCGUCUAUGAUAGUGUAUAUGAAUGAGGCUGUGGUUAAUGCACUCAUACCCACUGCAAAUGUAGCAAUAGAGAGGGUUUCCUAUGCUAGAAUCUUGCUGACACCUGUCAAUGCUAUGGGUGGAAUAUCUUGAAUGUUUAGGGAUUAGGGUUUUAGACAUGUUAAUUGUGCAUGUCUUGAUGGAGGUUUGACAGACACACACAUGUGCCUUGGGGGCUGGGCAUUUUUUGGGGUGGGGUGGGGGGGUUAGUGUCACAGCUUAAAGAUCAAAGGUUAGAGAGCUGUUCAAAUUAGUAUUAGCAAAGAGCAUAAUUGCACGAAGAAGAAUUGCACUGGGUUCCUUUGUUGGUAGAUAUGGAUCAAAGUUGAAUGGAUGUACUGAAGAUACAGUUUAAGCUAAGCACAUAUAGACCUAUAACUAUUUCGAAUUUUCGCCUAUCAAACAUCGGACAUGGAAGUGAAUAAAUAAUACCUACAGAAUGUACCACCAAUAGAUAAUGUACAAGUCUAUCUGUACAGAGUGUCUUUCAUUCAUGAUGGUGUAUGAACAUUUUUGGAAUGAGAGUAUGCUUUGUACAGACAGUGAGACAGCACAGUUUAAUAGUGUAUGCAUUAUGGUUAUACAGUCUAGCUGUAGACCUUUCUGCUGGCAGUACAGUAUUUCUGUAUUUGUAUGAUUAUAGUCCUGCCAUUAUUUGUUGAAAACUGUUGGUCUCAGCUGGGACCAGUAAAAAUCUACAGUAUGUUAAUUUUUUAGUACCUUUUCGCAUACGGUUGAAGAUUAUGUUUUAACAAGUGUUAUGUUUUAAUCUAGGUAUCAUAUUUUUGGUCAACUUUUGUUUCUCAGUAUUUAAAAAAAAGCUUAUCAUCAACAGUAUUAUAUUUUAUAUUGAUUUGUAUUGCUUUAAAAUGUUAAUCAUGGGCACUAAUCAGUCACGAGACACCAGGUCGUUCACAUUGCCGUGAAUUUGGAAAGCUGGCAGACUGGCACUUUUGCUGUGUUUAUAAUGGUUGUUUAACUGUGUGUUCUCUUUGAAAUGCUGCGUAUGAAGCUUGUAUGAAACGUAUGAAACAAUGUGGAAAUCACUGAGGGUUUUAUUGCAGGGAGGUGGGGGAUUGGGGGGUUAUGGAGUAGGGUGGGGGGAUGCAGCAGGGGGCAUUAAGCCUCUUCAACCCCACCCCAUCCAGCCCUGCCCAGUCUUGCCUGGGGCUAAGUGUUAAUGCCAUGUGAUUAGCCACAGAAUACAUAGCCUUUGCAUGCACAUGGCUUAUGCUAUAGGUGCAUUUAUAUAAAUAUAUCAGGUCUUUAACAUAGGGCCUGCCCACUCUUCAUGCUGCUAUGAGUACAUAAUCUAACAGGUUCAUUAGAUCGCUCUGUACGCACAAAUACAUGCUCUUGGGGUGAGGGUUCCAAAGCGCUUGUUGUCAUGGAGACCUUGUCAGAUCUAGCUGGGCACAGAGACUCUGUGGAUGGGGCUGUGUGUCUCUCACAGUUCUGUGUAUUCAUCCCUCACCCAAACAGAGCUGCAUGAGCUAAUCUGUUCUGUUUUUUAUUGUAUGUCGAGAACAUACAGACGUAUAUAUCCAUGGUUUUGGUUCACAUCAUUGUAGACAGACGCUCGAGUGGUCUGUUUAGUUGUCUCCCUUUUUCCGCAUCUUUUAUUAAUAUAGUUUCCUUGUCAUUUGACCAUACAGCUAGAUCAAAAAAAACUAUAUUCUGUCCCUUAGCAAGAGCCUCUCCAGUCCAUUGUGAGGCCCUAAUACAAUACUAGUACAAGAUACAAAUUCUCACUACCCAUGCACACGCAUACAUACACACACACACGCAUGUGCGCGUGGAUACACACCCACACCUGCACCAAACCUGGAAUUAUAUUUUUUUAAAUACAGCUGCCGUUCUUAAAGCUGUUUUAAAGAAAAAUAGCUGAACUACGUAUAAGUAAAAUAUAUGCGUAUGAAAUGCAGAGGGAGGACAACAUGGACAAAGGAAUAAUGGCCACAGGGAUCUAAGACCCAGCUGGGUGUGCACUGUAGGCAUUGCUUUAUUUUCUAGACUUUAUGGAAAACAAAACCUUCAGAAGCUGUUUGAUAAAAUGGGUCCAAUCUUUGCUUCAAAGCCACCGUAGGUCCAACUGUAAAACUGCAAAGUUUUAUGUAUGGAACAAGACUUCAGAUCUAACAAGACUAAUAUAUAUACAGAGAAAUACAAAUACUAUAUACAUAUGCAAUGUGUAUGUACAAACUUAAACAACCCAGACUGGUUGAUUGAUCGAAGACAUUUUAUCUGAACAGAUUUCAUUGUCCAUAGACAGCUGAUAUCUAUUUUUUUCCCAGAAAAAAUGAAAGGGGUGGGGGUGGGGGGGGUGUCAUUGAUGAUGUUUCGUGCAAAAUAUUAUUUCCGCAGCUUUCUCCAAACCCGACAUCCAGACAGGAUAUAAUCGUCAGAGCAUAAUAAUGACCAUAAUUAUGAGCUUGGCUUGUUUCUGCAUGUGAUAUUAUGAGUUAUACUCCUGUAUGUAAUAGUUUAAAUGGAAAUUAAAGAAGAUCCUGUUUUAAAAAAAUGUUUAACAAUAGCAAAUUGUAUGAAAAUACUGGUUCUGAAACAGCCAUGCUUCUUUUUCCUGUGUGGGGUAUUGUAAAGAGACUGCUGUGGUAGCUCAUCUUCUUUGCGCUGUGUUAAUCUUAGUUCAGCGGUUAUUUUGUGUGCAGUACUCUGUAUCUCUCUUUAGACGUACUGCAGAUUUAUUGUAACAGGGAAGCAGCCUGGUGAUCACCAAUAAAUGUAAUGAGAAUCAGA